CACUCCCCCACACAAUGAUACCUGCAGUGUGCAUUUUCCAUCACUCUUCCUUCUUUGCAAUAAACGCUACUGUUUCUUGAAAAGAAAACGUAAAGUUCCCAGUAGCUAAAUUUGAGUAUAAAGCCAUGAAGGAAAGAGGGAAAGCUCUGGAGGUAUAUAAUGAGAGUAUGUGCACAGAUUUCAAUUACUCUUCUUCAUCAGAAAUGCCAUGCAAGAAGCAUCCAUCUUCCUCUUCAGUUGGGAUCUGUGCUUAUUGUCUUAAAGAUAGAUUGGUGAAGCUGGUUUGCUCUGAAUGUGGAGAACAAAGGCUCUCCUCCUGUUCUUGCUCUGACAUCUCAUCAUACAGGAAUUCAUCAUGCACUGCAGAUGUUGGAAGCGUUGGGAGAAUCUCAUUUCUCAUUGAUAAUGAAAAGACUGAGCUGCAAAAGUUGCAUCAGAAGCCUAAGAAGGGGGAUAAACCUGAGGAAGUCAUCCUGCUCAGGAGGAGCAGCAGUAGCUGCGUUGAGGUGAAGAGAUAUAAGGGAUUUUGGAAAAUUAAGAGGCUUUUUAGGAAGAAAAAACAAAAGGGUUGUGAAAAAGAUGGUCAGUUUGACGAUAAAAGUGAUGCUUGGGUGUCGGAUGUUAUGGGAGUUUCUAGGUCAAGAUCUCUCUGUAGUUUCAGGGGUGGUGGAUUCAAUGACACUGAUGAAGGUAGUGAUUAUAGGUAUUCAAGUGCUAAAAUCUCUGAUGUCACUGGGGGCAUACUCUUCGAUUAUGACAGACAAUGUGGAUUUUGUGAAGGAGAAUCAAGAAAAAGUGGGUUUAGAGGUGCAUCAGAUGAAUCAGAACCGCGGAAAAGUGGAUUCAGAGGCUUGUUCAAUGAAGCAGAACCAAGAAAAAGUGGCUGCAGACAUGUAUCAGAUGCUGAACAUAGUAUUGAUUUAAGGAGUUUGAAGAAAGUUGGCCCCUUGGAGCUAGAUAGAGCAUAUAGUGUUCCAAACAGGAGCAUUUUUCCUGUUAAAGAAAGUGAUUUUUCUGCCAUGGAUGAUUCAGCUUUUAUCGAUUUAAAACUUGAUUUAUCAUCAGAAUCAAAACCAGAACUUCCUGCUACUUUCAGAACCAGUGAUGCUUCGGAUCAUGGUGCUACUGGCGGCUUGAGGGGUGAGACCUUUUCUUGCAAUGGUGGCUCUUGCAGAAUUGCUGUGAAUGACAGAGGAGGACUAAAGAGGGGGACUAAUAGCUACAAGGUUUGGAAAUGGUUCUCCAAGCAAUAUUCUGGCAGGAGAUCAAACGCAAGUAAGAAAGAAGAAAUUGUUAUAUUCAAAUCUUGAAAAAGGAGAACUUAACAGAAGACUAUAGAAUGGUCGUCAAUCAAUAGUAAAUAGAGAAUCUACUGUCUCCACUCUGUUGUAUGAAUGUACUGUUUUUACUUAGUAUUCCUCUUUACUAAUUCAGUCUCUCCUGUAUCGCCUUGCAGUCUACCUUUUUCCUAGAAAAAUGAACACAAAUAACUAAGGGAUUUUGCUUUGUGUUAUUUCUUUAAACUUUGUGAAUCUUAUGUAUAUGAAUAGAAUAAUAACUAA